AUGGUGAAUCAAAACAACAAAAAUCUUCACACAAUCAAUAGUAAAAAUAAUUAUGAAGAUAAUUCCAACAUCCCCACUACCAAUAUUUUAAAUAAUAAUAAUAAUAUUAAUAAUAAUAAUGAUUAUACAGUAGACCUAAAAGACUUGGAUGGCAAUUUAACAAUUGAAGAUGCAAAGAAACAUUUACAAAAUUUAAUUGUUCGAGACAAAGUGAUAGAACAAAAUUUAAAACAAUAUAUAAAUUUUAAAGAUGAUUUAGAAACUCAAAUGGAAAGUUUUGACAUUGAAAUACCAGAAUAUUUGUCACUAUCAUUAAAGAAAUCUAACGAAUUAAAUCAAAGAAUUAGUAGUACUUGUGAAUUAGCAGAAAAUCUAUCAUCUAAAGUUAAGAAACUAGAUCAUAUUAGAGAAAGAAUUAAAGAUACCCUAAAAAAAGUCGAUGAUAUCAUAGAUUUAAAGAAUUGUAUAGAAGGUGUACAAAAAGCCAUCAAUAAAGAAGACUAUGAAGGUGCAGCUCAAUUUAUAAAUAGAUAUCUUAGUAUUGACAAAUCAGUAUUAGAAGAUUCUUCCAUUGAGAAACUUGCAGCUGCUGAAAAAAGACUCCUCGAAAUGAUUGAAAACAACUAUCAAGCAUCUUUGAAAAAUAGUGACAAGAGUGGUGUAUUAAGAUUCUGUAGAUUAUAUGUUCCACUUGGAAGAAGCACAGAGGCCAUUGAUAAAUAUUGUGCAUACUUUAAAUCCCACACAUCGAAACUAGAUGCAAUGCUAACUCAUUAUCAUUCAUAUAUCCUCAACCCAAAACAAAUUAAACCGAUAAGUGCUGUUGGUGUAAUUAUGAAGGUUUUUGAACAUUAUGCAAAUAUUAUCGAAGAUGAGCUUCCAGAGAUACUAAAGGAAUUUGGGGUAUUACAAUGCUCAAGAUUUAUUAUGAACAUCACUCAACAGUGUGACUACUAUUCAAAUACUGUAUAUAAUGCUUUUCAAGAUCAAUUUCAAGCAAAUAAAAACGUAACAGAUGUUACUACCUAUAAACAACAAUUAGACAAGAAGCAAGACCCUCAUCAUCACAGUAGACAAGGAUCUGUUGAAAAGACCGAUCCACGUAAUUUUGCUCAAUUCCUCGAUGAAACCUCAAUGAUUAGUAAAUCUACCAAAUUUUAUGAAAAGUUCCUCAUCAAAAAAGAACAAUUUAUCAAAUCUAAAAUCUAUGAACAUUAUAGCUUAUUAGAAAAAGAAAGACAAGAUAAUAUUCAAAAUAUAAUACUAGCAUCACCAUCCCACUAUUCAAACUCUCCAAAUGAGCAAUUAUUAAAGCAGCAACAAUUAGAAAAAGAGAAAAAAGAAAGAGAGGCAAUCAAUAAAUUAAAUGAAGAGAAGAAUAAACAAAUGAAACAAACUCUAUACUCUACUGUUACAAAACAAAAAAUGAAUCAACUUUUAGGCAACUACAUAAUUUUAGAAGAGUAUUUCAUGGUGGAAAGUGUAAACAAAGCUAUACAAAUGAAUAUUUCAAGCGAAACACAAGCAUCGUCAACACCUACAUCAAGCUUGCAAUCGUCACUAAAUAACUCCUCAUCCAAUACAAAUGAACAAGAUAAUGGCAACAGUAUGAUUGAUUUUAUAUUUUUCGUACUUCAAAAAUCACUUCAAAGAUCCAUUGAUUCCCACAGUAUCCAAACCCUCAACGUUAUUAGUAAUCGUCUUGUUAGAAUUUUAAAUCAAACAAGAGAUAAUCUAAAAAGAAUAUUUAAUGACCAUAUGAUGAAAUCAUCAAAUAAAUCAAAUUUCGACUACCAAUCAUCUCUAUUUGUUUUAAACAAUAUCGAAACCUCGUCUGAAUAUAUAGUAAGAUUAAAAAAAGAAUUUGAUUUAAAAUGCCAAAAAGUUUUUCCACAAAUCAAACAAGACAAACAAUCAGAUCAACAACAAGAUCAACAAUCAACAUCCAUUCCAGACUAUCAAAAUGAAAUAAAUAAAAUUUUUGCUGAAGAACUAAAGAAACAACAACAAAACGAUCGUGAUCAAAUUGCAAUCAUUAGUAAUGAAUUUUCAAAUUGCUCAAAAUCAUACAGUAAACUAUUACAAGAUGAAAUCGACUCAUUAUUCAAAAGUGUACAACCAAAACUAAAGAACCUUUUAUUUAGAUUCUCACAAGUAAACUAUGAAAUCUCGCAAUCUGAAUACGAUAACAAUGAUAUCAAUGAUCCAUUUGUUUUAGAAUUCACAUUAGAGUGUUCUCAAUUUUUAAAACCAUUUCAAGAGCCCCUAUCGGACUCUAAUUAUGAUCUAAUAGUUCAUUUAACCAUUCAAUUCCUCUUAAAAAAGAUUGAACAAUCGAUUCAGCAAAAGAAAUUUACUUUAUUGGGUGGCCUUCAAUUUGGUAAAGAUCUUAGAUCAAUUUCCACUUAUUUCACCAAAAUUUCAAAAUCUACAAUUCGUGAUAAAUUUAGUAAAUUAAACCAAAUUGCAUCCUUUUUGAUUUUAGAGUCUUUAUCCGAAGCUGAGGAUUAUUGGCAAGAAAAUUGCAACUCACCCACUUUUAAACUUUCUUCAUCAGAAGUCCAAAAAAUUUUAAUGACCCGUGUAGAUUUUAAUAAUGAUCAAAUUUUAAAAAUUAAAUUUAGUUAA